GACAGGAGUGGGGAGGAGGCACCUGAGCUGACAGUAAGAGCAGACGUCUGAAGAACAACAACGGAAGGCUUUUCAUCUCUGAGGGAAAUUGUCUCUUCAUCAUCUUCAUCAUCUUCAUCAUCUUCAUCAUCAUCAUCAUCAUCAUCAUCAUCAUCAUCAUCAUCAGGAGUCUUUUAUUUUGGUGGUUUUAUUCGCCCCCCUCACAGUUUCCUGUCUCCUCCUGUGCCUGCGCUCUGAUUGGCUGAGAUGACAGAAGUGAUAAACACCUGUGAUCAGACAGUGGGCGGAGCUUCUGGACAGGAAGGGAUGUCUUUCCAGGUGUUUCCAGACGCUGUGGAGCGGAUUCCAAAACUUUCCAGGCGCGUUCCGUCCAUCGUCGUGGAGCCGACAGACGGAGGAGAGGUGGAGAGUGGGGAGCUCCGCUGGCCUCCUGAUGAUGUCAGCAGUGAUGUCAGAGAAGGCCCCUCCCACAUCACAGAUCCAGAGCCUGUGGAAGGGGCGGAGCCACAGGAGCCAAAAGUGGGCGGAGUUUCAAACUCUGUCUGACACAGCAUUUUAGCUGUCAGCCAAUCAGAGUGAAGGUAUUAAUGGAGAAAGCAGAGGCAGGGCCAACUCUUGUAGCUCCUCCCCCAUGCUUUUGGGGGCGGAGUCAGAGAAGAAUGCACAAGAAAAUACCAACAAGGAAUAAAACGAAGGGCCCCAGAGGAUUCUGGGAUGUUGAUCAGCGGGUUAAUUUUCAAUCAGAGUAUAAUUUAUGAACUAAAACAAAUAUUAAUAUUUCCCCCUCAACCUGUGGCUGUGAUUCAAUUUGACCAUUAUUGAUCAGGAAGCUUCAUCUGUUUAACUCCUCCAGACUUUGUGUCAAUAAUAAAACACUUGAAUCAUUUAAA